AACACACAAAUAAUUAUAAUAUCAUUAAUUUCAUUAUCAGGUCCAGGAGGCCCCAAAGAUGAAGUGUCAUCAUUUAUUUUUUUUUGGAUAAAAUGUAAGUAUAUAUAUCCAGGAAAAAAAAGCAUAAUACAAUGCGUCAAAAAAAUCAAAAGAACUAUCUAAGCUAGCAUGCUAAACUAAAAUAGUAUCUAACGUAUCCCCCCCUACCUCUCGGUAGAGGGGGGAGAGAGAGAUUUUAAUCAAAAUGGCACAGGACAGACCCCGGCACGUGACACAAAAAUAAAUCCAAACUAGCUCGGGACAAUUCCCCGGCUUAGUAUCAAAAUAGAAAUCAAAACCACAUUUGAACCAACAAAGGCCCAUCCCUGGUAGCAUCCAACCUUCAGCUCUUAAUGUCCAGUUCCAGCAAAAAGGGGCACCUGGUCCGUCCCAGGCCCCAAAAACUUCCUAGCAGAGUCACCAGACCAGCGGCCCAUCAAGGAUUAGGGCAACAGCCCAUGUUCCAUCGCAUCAGGAACGCCUCAGCAAGCAGGGCGCCAAAACCAACCAGCGCCGCACGCCGUACACGUCAGUCAGCGGACAGACUGACCAGUCAGUGAACCUGCAACGGUCAACACUCUACCCCCCCCCCCCGAAACCCCCCACCUGGUACCGUCACCUACCAGGUUUUCCGGUGUCCGGAGAACGGAGGCACUACCAAAGUAUCCAGAUGGAGACGUAACAAAGCCAACCCGGUGUUCCCCCCUCCACCCUCCACCCUCCACCCCCGUUUGACUCCGGCGACCCCAAACGGCGAAGGCAGAAGGCGUCAGAAGGUGGCUUGACAAUAGCCGGAAGCAGGUAGUUACAGGCGGUUCCAAACUCCAGCAAGCCGGAGUUUAACCCCGACGAUUCCUGGUCACUUUCAGAAAAAGAACGAAGUGCGCAAACAGGUUCAAACCAAAGAAACCCAACAAGAAGCACUGUAAUCGCACCAGUCUCCCCGGUCGUCUUCUCCGGCCAAGUUUAUCCAGGUCAAUUUCAAACCAAACGAUGAAACGCACAAACAGGGACCCUAACCCCAGCGUCGGACUAACCAGGCGCGGAAUAACAAAAAUAGCAAGCUUACCUUAGUUUAGUAACAUCCACGGCCAGAAAGGUUAACGAACUCGAUCAUACCGGAGUAAAAUUACGAGUUUUCAGGAGGAAAAACCGUCGGUGACUGCGAACUCCAAAUCCCCAGCCUUGGCCAAGCUCGGAAUCCGUAACGAAGCAGUUAUGAGUGGUGGCCGCAUCCAAGCCCUGCGCCGGGAACCCCUCACCCAGGCUGCCACAAACAAACACCACCACCCUUGAAACAAAAUGAGACCUGCGAGUUCUCAGAAGCAGCAGGAGAACAAGCAAGUACCUUAGCACUCUGGGAGUCUGAAGUGCCAUAGACGAGCGUCCCCAUCCACUCAUCCCCAACACUUAGAAAAUCCCCAACCAUUCCGGCGUCCGGUCCGAAGACGAUGGUGCUGCAACCGCCGGAGAGCUUUCGCCCUGGUUGUGAAGUGAAAAGGGGGAAGAUGACGGCGGAACACAACGGUCCUCCCCUGAAGUAUAAACCAGUAGUCAAGGAACUACCAGACCCCUUCUGGCCAUCUCUGCUACAAACUCAGGCUUGCUCACAACCCAGUACGCCGGCCAAGACACUCCGAGUAAGGAGUCAACGUCAACGAACCUGUGCGGGACCAAAGGCCAAAUCCCCAAACCUUCCAGCACCAAGCUACCAUGGCCAACCCGUUCACCUCCGUCGCUCACCCAAACUGCUUCGACCCCUCCAAGAGUGAGGCAUCCGGCGUUACUGACUGUUGGUAUGGCAGCUCAGUUUUUUCCGGCGAGUUUUCAUCCCCAGGCCACCAGCAGUUCAGCCUAUCUGACGUCCCAAACUACGAAACCCAAUAGUCAAAAGUCCUCCAUAAUUUCCGGCGAAGUCCGGCCAACAAGCUCCCAGAACCACCGAGGUGGUCUAAAACCAGUUUUCCAAAUAUUUGUAACCAUAAUACCUUAAGACCGCCGGAGCCAGGUGGGCUCCGUCGGCGGCGGCCACCGUGAAAGGUGGUGCCGACCCGGGAGAAACCGCGGAGGGAAGAGUCUAGCCUCGGAUGGCUAGAGAGAGACGCUCUCAAGUGUCAUCAUUUAUUAAUUUUAUUAUCUCGCGGAAUUUAUUGUUACAC